UCUUUAGAAUAAGCAACAUAAAUGUCACAUGACUCUUCAGCUGAGAAACAUCUAUGACCAUUUAAAUCUUGUCCAAAUGCAUGAAAUGCUCUACUUUUACGUUUGGUUUGGGUUUCCUUUGUGUUUCUAUGCUCUGAAUACAUAAGAGGUGGAAGCUGUCACUUUUUGGUUAAGCUGUGAAGAACCUGUUAAUACUAAAUUGUUAUACAAUACAACUUUUAUUAGGUAAACAAGUACAUCUGUAUAUGGACAGCAUAUUUUGCCUCUUAUAAUGUAACGAGAAUGUGUUCCUCCAGUUCUUCACACCAUAAUGUGUUGUAGGCAUACAGAAGAUACAGAUACAAUACAAUACAGAAGAUUUAAAAACUGAACUUAAUGAGCACAGCAGAGAAGAAUCUCUGAAGAUCAAUGCUUAAAAUUAUUGUGUUUGUCUGAAAAAAAUAAAAAAAAUACAAAAUUAACACAUUAAACAUGCUGAUUCUAAAGGAAAUCAAUUUAAAAAAGAUUGCUUCAUCUUAUCAUCUGAACGUGGCUGAGAUAAUAAACUGAAGCUCUAGAUAAAGACAAUAAAGUCAAUGCAGUUUAAGACUAUAAAGACUAAUAUUCUAUUUUGGAUAUCAAAUGUAAAAUCUGGUAUUAAAUGGUUGUAAAUGUCAAACAUUCCGUCUGGUUUAUGAGUUAAAACCACCCUCAGAGUUUUAAAGAUCCCUAAAAGGUAGGAGUUUGUGUUUAUAGUAAAUUACUGUCCAAUAAAUGGUUGCAAAUCUUUGGCAGGUUUCUUCUGAGGCACCUUUUGCUUGUAUUUAUCCUUCAUCAGUGUUGCAUCAUAAGUAACCUAAAACCUCUUAAACAGGAGGAACCACAAUUUUAGGAAUGUGUCUGAACUCAGCCCAUUAAAUCAGUCACUCCUCACGAACUGAGCUCGCAUGCAAACUGAGAUUACUUUGAGGGACUCCUGCGUUUGACCAAAAUAGGAAUCUAUUUCACAAGAAAUACCUGUUGUAGGAGAGAGGGAUUGUAUGUGAUUUUAUUAUCUACUUUUGAACUUAAUCAAUUUGACCUUCCAGGCUUAAUCUUUUAAGCUGCCUGCCUGAGCAUCCUGAAUAUUUUCGGGGACCACAUAAAGAAGGAAACUGAUUAAUUUCAAGGCUUAUUUACACUGGAACAAAUGAGGCUACGAUUUUAAUUUUAUAUGCUGCAUUUUCUCCUUUUUACUGCCAUGAAAGCAUAUAAGACCUCUUAACUUAAAAUCAACAAUAGGUGGCUUUGGCACGAACUUCUUUCACUUGUAAUUGUCCAGUUAAGCACCCUCCCACAGUGAGGAUAAACAAAUGCAAGACACAAAGAGGCGCUUCUCUGAAAACGCAACUCUCUGCUCCAUCCCGCAAAGUUGCAUAAAAAUGAAGCAAAUAGAUGUUUUCUGUGGAGUCACGGCUCCUCGUGUAAUGAUGCGUCAUGCGCGCUUCAUAGGCUCGUGUUUAGGUAUGUUUGGUCAGUAUAUGGCAGAGCUGUGUGUGGUGGAGAGGAGGCAGGAGAUGACUGCUGCCCCCCUCACUUCUCCACUGAGCCCUCAGGAGAGUGGUGGGAGCGGGACUGCAUGGGGACUGUACGACUGCACAGUAAACUCUUUUCUCUGAUGAAACAUCUCAGCACCGAUUUGGAGACAAAACUGCAAACGCGCAAUUAAACCAUGCGGACUUAAGACCAUCUGUGCGGUUUAUUUAUGUUUGUUUACGCUCUUUCGUGAGUUGCAGUUACAAGUGAUCUGAAGCCUGCUAUGGAGGACCUCUCGAGUCAAAAUGAGUCUGAGCACUGACAAUGUCACAAACUUGUGGAAAAAUGGUUCCUCGGAACUCGACGGGGCUCCGGGUGUGUCAUCCCAGGUCAACUUCACCAACAGCUCCGGGGGAAACCACACGGAACCCAGCGAAGUGGCCCUUACCCGAGCCAUCCCGCUCGCCUUGGUGCUGGGGGCUUUCAUCGUGUUCGCCAUCGCGGGCAACAUCCUCGUCAUUCUCUCGGUGGUGUGCAACAGGCACCUGCGGACCCCGACGAACUACUUCAUCAUCAACCUGGCCAUCGCCGACCUGCUGCUGGGCACUACGGUGCUGCCAGUGUCGGCCACGCUGGAGAUCCUAGACUACUGGGUGUUCGGUAGGAUCUUCUGUGAUAUCUGGGCGGCGGUGGAUGUGCUGUGCUGCACCGCGUCCAUCAUGAGCCUGUGCGUAAUAUCCAUCGACCGCUACAUCGGAGUGAGCCACCCUCUGCAGUACCCGGGCAUCGUGACCGAGAAGCGGGCUCUGCUGGCCAUGCUCGGGGUGUGGGUGCUGUCGGUGGUCAUCUCCAUUGGACCGCUGCUCGGGUGGAAGCAGCCGCCGUCGCCGGACGACACGGUUUGCCCCAUCACCGAGGAGCCUUUUUACGCGCUCUUCUCCUCCCUCGGCUCCUUCUACAUCCCUCUCGUCGUUAUACUGGCCAUGUACUGCCGGGUGUACAUAGUCGCCAAACGGACCACUAAGAACCUGGAGGCCGGGGUGAUGCGAGAGAGGAUGAACUCCGGCGAGCUGACCCUGAGGAUCCACAAGGGAUCUCAGGUGCAGGAGGAGCCCGGUACGUCCAGCACCAGCAAGGGCCGCGCGCACCAGGCGAGAAGUUCCCUCACGGUGAAACUUCUGAAAUUCUCCCGGGAGAAGAAAGCGGCCAAAACUUUGGGAGUUGUGGUCGGCAUGUUUACGCUUUGUUGGUUGCCCUUCUUCCUCGCCUUGCCCAUAGGGUCUUUUAAUGUGAACCUGCGCCCUCCUGAUCUCCUCUUCAAAGUGAUCUUCUGGCUGGGCUACUUCAACAGCUGCCUGAACCCCAUCAUCUACCCCUGCUACAACCGUGAGUUCAAGCUGGCCUUCAUUCGGAUCCUCCGAUGCCAGUGUCACCAGCGUAAACGUCCCGGGUGGAGGGCAUACAAUUACCGUUCCUCCAACUUCAGCUCCUCUGGACACUCACGCAAAGGCUCCACUGAUCACAACUCCAGCUGCUUGAAUGGCAGUCAGCGUACUCUGCCGUCCUCAGCCAGUCCAAGCCCCAGCUACCUAACCAAGGGUCUGGCACCUUGCCCUGAGGGGGAAACAUUAUAUAUCUGGGGGGCCACCUCCCCGACUCCCUCCACACCCAGCCUGCUGCCUGGCAGCGCCGCAGACUGCCAGCAGGUAUCUCUGAGAGGGGAGGGAAAGGGAGUGAAACCAGCUGAGGAGACUACUGGUGGUAUUUUUUCUUUCUCGUUUGGGAAGAAUAGAGACAAGGGAGGCACCAACAAAGACAGCAUCAUGCCUGAUGACAAGGUGUGAGUCUUGACUUGUUGAUUCAUCCCUCUAUAGGGAUUAAAGUCAUCAACACAACGUGGAUGUAGGACUUCACAGGUUUGCUGCAUUCACUGUACAUGAUGUCAUGAUCAUUCAUCAGUCAGUGGAUUGUCAUUGUCAUUAGUGGUCAAUGUAAGAUGAUGAUGAUAACUGACUAUGCUGCUGUAUCCGAGGUAUUUUGUCUUAUGUUACUGUAUCUGUGGUUGACAUAGACGAGAAGGUUUCCUUCAAUGGACAGUCAGACAAAAGAUUUUAGGGAGAAGCUCAAGACACUUGAUCAAAAUCACAGACUGGAAAGACACCAGUGCAUGCAUUUUGAUUGAACAAAAACGAAAUAUGAAGGAAAGAACUGUACACAACACAGCCUUUUAGUUGAAAGUCUGUGUAAAAAGACUGAACAUGACAAAGGAGCUGACUUGUGUAAAAUGUGUGAUAAGAAAACGAUCACCCUUCUGUUGAAAUCACUUGAUAUCUUCAUGGUAUGUUGUGAAAAUAAAGUAUAACCUGGUUUAUCUGCUGUGCGCACAAUAAUCAGAUAUCAUCUUGUUUGUAUGUUUUGAUCUUCAAAAAAAAAAAGUUUGGAAUAUGGAUAUUAGAAAUGUGUUCGAUACAUGAAUAAACUUGUUGCUCAGA